AACUAUGGCUAGCACAUAGAGCGCAGUGGCUGAGUUGCCUCGUUCUAGUCAAGAUUAUUGCAAGCCCAGGUCUGCGGUGAUCUUGACAGGAGUCCGCGUUCCACCCAUCUGGAAGUCCCUCGGCGCACCCUACCGGUCUGCUCCGGUCAAUCCCAGUUCACCGUCCAUCUGGACGUGGUGGCGUGUACGUACUGUGUAUGGCUCCCACAUAUUCGAUGACGACACGACCGUCAAUGUGAAGGAUUGUAUCCCGAGGCUGAUGGAAUCAUCUCAGAUCUUUCCCGCAUCGAGAAUUACACGUCCAUACACUAUAAGGUCUAUGACUGGUCAUUUGUCAUGCUCCAUCCCCCGUAGGGUCAGGUGGCGACUGUCAGGCGAUUAACAAACCGAUAUACGGGUAUCCGGUUCAAGAUUUGAACGAACAACAUGGCAAGUCCUCGGUCGCCGAGAAGUCGUACACACGAACGUGAGAUGUACGCGUUUUUCGGACUCGCGAGCGGGUGCACAGGCGGACAGCUCGGAAGCGGGGGGGUACAUAUAGAGAGUGCCUUUCAGCGUCCAUAACUCCCCAUUCCUCGCGUUCCAGGGGAACGCACCUAUACCAUCCCCAAUAUACCCCUUAAUUGUCGCCACUUCACUUUCUCGUCAUACCCCUCUAGGUCAUGUCUCACAUCGCCGCAGCGACAAUGCCCGACCUCACCGGCUGCGCCGUGAAUGGACGCUUUCGGCUCGUCCGCAUGCUAGGCUCUGGCACCUAUGGCGUCGUAUACCAAGCCGUCGAUACCCAUGUUACCCCUUCCGACAACACCCCCUCUCUUGCAAUCAAGAUGAUCCGCAAAGCGGGUCGCAUGAAGCACGAGCUUGCAGCCGCGCGGCGAGAAAUCGCCCUUCACGGUCUCGUUUCCGACCACCCUAGCGUCGUCACCGUCCGCGAUGCAUACGAGGAUGACGACUACUUCUACCUGAUCAUGGACUUCUGUCGGACUGGCGAUCUCUUCGAACCAAUCUGCCGGAAGGUGUACGUCAAUAACGACGCGCUUGUACGGAAGGCGUUUGUGUGCCUCGUCGACGCCGUUGAGGCGUGCCACAGCCUACGGAUAUACCAUCGCGACCUCAAACCCGAAAACAUCCUCGUCAGCGAGGACCGCUCUCAGGUCUAUCUCGCGGACUUUGGUUUGGCGACCAACCAGCCCAUAGUCCAAGAGUUUUACUGCGGAACCGCAGCCUACAUGAGCCCUGAAUGUAUCGGACAUCUCUCUGGAUUCCGACCGUACUACACCGCGUUGAGCGACAUCUGGUCUCUAGGCGUCAUCCUCGUCAACAUGAUUAGUGGGCGCAAUCCAUGGGAGAAAGCGACGCUCGAUGAUCCGUGCUUCAUCCAAUUCAUAGAGAAUCCCGACUUUCUCUUUGACAUGCUGCCCAUCUCCGAGGGUGCUAACGAUAUCCUCCGUCAUAUCUUUGUCCUCAAUCCCCUCGGCCGUCCAUCUCUCCAGGACCUCCGGAUGGCCAUCCUCGAGCUGGACACGUUCUGGCGAUACGAUGACGAGCUUUCCGUCGUCGAGGAAUACAUCCGAGCACCGGCACCCACACUCGGAGAGGCUGACCUUGCUACAGGUCGUCUCACGAGAGCCAGCUACCUGCUGGCCAGUAUGACCUCCUUCAAACCCAGCUACGAGACGUCUUCACGCGACCUGUCAUCUGUCGCAUCGCGCCCUCAGUGGGCCUUCGAUCUUCCUCCACUUACAGGCGAGGGGUGUUCCGGCGACUCCGAGUCCACUGUCGGUUCGACAACUUCCCUCGUGUCCUCUCCGGAAAGCAGUAUGGUGCUUACACCCGAAAAUACCACGACGAGGGUUGAGUUAGAAGAGAAGGACGUCGCCGGGAGGGUUGUAGAUCCGGACGCUACAGCAAGCUCUAUCACGGACUUACUCUUCCCGAUAUUGAACGCACAGUUUCGCAGAAGUACUUGACAUGAUUUAACGGACUAUGUGGACGAUGGACUGGUUUCAAUGAUGAGCGCGCAAACGGCGGCGGACAUGUACU